AACUGGCACGAACAUAUCGCGAGAGCGGUUGACAGCGGUUGGUUGCGUCGCUUCCUGUGGCAACACUGUUUGUAGUCCAAAAACCAGACGUGGUGCAUCCGUUUGCGUUGAAAGAGCGCGACACAAUAAACAACAUCUCCCACAAUGCAUCUUACCGCGUUACGUAAAGCUCGCGCGUUCUUCGCGAGAGCGGGUUGACAGGAGUCAGGAGCAGGCCUAAGUGGGUAAACAAAUUCGGAAUAUGUGGAGGAAAUCGUCAAAAUCAACAAAGUGUUAUCUCGCCUUUUAUUGUUAGUGUGUUUGCGGUUGUUCCAAACCGUGCCCGAGGAAGCUGAAAGAGAAGCUAAUUAGCAACCAGCGCUCUUAACACCACUUUAAAGAUAAACAGGUUAGGUUAGCUAACGUGCGCGAGGUCGGGUUAGCCGGCUAACUCACCCGCCGGCUCGCCGUCCGGCAGUCAUGUCGUCGCCUUCCUCGUUCUCGCGGCGCCAGUGGUGUUACUUGUGCGACCUGCCCAAGAUGCCGUGGACGGUGGUGUGGGACUUCAGCGAGGUGGUGUGCCGCGGCUGUGUCAACUACGAGGGCGCCAACCAGAUCGAGUUCCUGAUCGCUAGCGCGCGGCAGUUGAAGCGCAGCCACGGCAUGCAGGACGGCAACGUCCGCUCACCGGGACCUUCGCCCCACAAACACGCCGCACCGGGCCGCGGGGAGCCGGCGACGGAUGGCGGUCGGCCCCACGGUGAGCGCUUCGACCGUGGUGGUCGAGGUGAGGGCAGCAGCGCGGCCGCCGCUCGCGUGCCGCCCAACGGUCUGCACCGCGACGGGCAGCCGCCACAAGAGGUCAACCGCCAGAGCCCCAGCGGCAGCCGGAGACCCAUGAUCGGAGCGGCCAUACCCCCGAAUCUCGUGACUCAGAGCAUAGCAGGAAUCCCCCACGGGCUGUUGACGGGCAUGCCGGCUGGCCUGACCGCUCGGACGGCCCCCAUGAGCAGCCCGAUGAUAUUGCCACCUGUGCUGGCCGAGAUGAACCGCCGUCAGCUCGGUAUCGGUAUGGGAAUCGCCCCCUUCAUCACGCCGGAGCUCGAGCGGGAGCUGAGCUCGUCCCAGGCCAAGUCGCAGCAGCCCCAGGCCCACGUCGGCUCCAGCAAGACCGCCGGGCUGCCAUCAUCAUCGGCCUCCGUCAGCCAAACGAGCCCCAAGCCCGCGUCGUCGCCGGCCAGGCAGCCGCGGCCCCUCGCCGCCCGCGCUGGAGGGGAGCCGCUGUCGUCCAGCAGCUCGUCAGAGGCGGCCACCACUGCUGCAGCCGCACUGCCCCACAGUGGAGCGUCCGAGGUGGGGUCCACCUCGGCCGCCAGCAGCCUAACCGGAAGCACCUUGUCCUGCACGCUGUGCCAUGAGAGGCUGGAGGACACACACUUUGUACAGUGUCCUUCCGUGCCGGGACACCGGUUCUGCUUCCCGUGCACCAGACUGUACAUCCAGAGUCGGCGUAGUGAUGGCGAAGCCUACUGCCCCAGCGGUGACCGCUGCCCUCUGGACACGUCGGUCAACAGCCCCCCCUGGGCAUUCAUGCAGGGUGAGGUGUCCACAAUCCUGGGCACCGGCGUGACGGGCGUCCCGUCGGCCGCCCCACCCGGAGCGGGGCCCGGUGGACCCGGGGGUGCCGGUGGCAGUGGCUCCAAUGGGGCCCCGGCGCAUAGCGGCGAUGUCACCGUCAAGAAGGAGCGAGAGACGUAAUGGUGGUUUCUGUGGCAAAAUGGAACAAAAGGCAGGCAGGCACAACACACAAACACCCAUCCACAAACAUGUUUUUACUCCUCUGUAUUACCUCUAGGUGUGGGCCACCAUAUCUUUUUGAAGUAUACACAUAGAGUGAUAACGCAUCUCAUCAUUGUCCAACACACUGGGAACAUUUUCCGUGCAUAGACCAGCCAAAAUGUCCCCUCCAUAAAUGUGGGACGCUCGUGGUGGUCCUGGAUGAUAGACAGACAAGAACACUUACACACACCAGCAUCUUUUUUUUUUUAAUACCCCUUGGGAUAUCAAAGGUAGUGCCAAGCAAAGAUGAGGAAACACACAC